UGUGUCGUAUAGCACGCUGGAUCAUAUGCCUGAAUUAGUCAGAGGAUUUCCCUUCGUUUCCCCUUAAUUCCUGUUGCGUCUAAUUCACUGUGGUUUCUGUGGUUUUACGUAAAAGCUAUCGGACUCGAAACUUUACGUGACAAAAUUUGCCCUACUUCUUUUAGGCGAUCGAACGAUGGAGAAUCACAAGCAGGCCAUUUCAUUCGCCAACAGCUAUUUCGCUUUGGUCGAUGGUCUUGCUUCCGGUUUAGAAAGUCAGCUCUCGAAAGACGUGGUCCUCGAUUGGUUCGGCAAGAUGGUCAAAGGUAGGAGAAACGUGGCUGCCUUUAUGGAAGCUCACAAGAUGAAUUCCAGGCAUAUAUUCUCACGAAUCGUAUCAACCACCGACAUCGUUUACGAGAUGAAACAUUCGAACCGGUAAGAUCAAGGAUGAAGUUUCGAACUUCGUGGAACUGGAA